CCGAGGCCGAGGGUCUCCCCCACCCAGACUCGAAGUGUCUCAAGCCGCGAGGAAAAUGGUGGAAAACUCACCGUCGCCAUUGCCAGAAAGAGCGAUUUAUGGCUUUGUCCUUUUCUUAAGCUCCCAGUUUGGCUUCAUUCUCUAUCUUGUAUGGGCUUUCAUUCCUGAAUCUUGGCUAAACUCCUUAGGCUUAACGUAUUGGCCUCAAAAGUACUGGGCGGUGGCCUUGCCUGUCUACCUCCUCAUUACUAUUGUCAUCGGCUACGUCCUCUUAUUUGGAGUAAACAUGAUGAGUACCUCUCCACUCAACUCCAUUCAUACAAUCACAGAUAACUAUGCUAAAAAUCAACAGCAGAAGAAAUACCAAGAAGAGGCCAUCCCAGCACUAAGAGAUAUUCCUAUUAGUGAAGUAAACCAAAUGUUCUUUCUAGCAACCAAAGACCUUUCUUACACCAAAAACUGAAUUGACCUGAGUAGAGUCUGAAAUUUCGACUUCCACUUCUGGCUGGCGUGAGAGGCUGCUGAGAUGAGUGCUAUCCAGGCUGCAAAGAACCUGCUGGCUCUAGACCAACAGGAAGAACUAGAGGAUUUGCCAAAAGAUGACCCCUUGAGCACCAGUGAAGAGGAGGGGGCCAGUGAGGGAGAGAGAAAGCACCAAAAACUUCUGGAAGCAGUCAUUUCCCUUGAUAGAAAGAACGGGUGGAAACUGCCUGAGCGAUCUGAAGCUAGCCUGAAGGUGUCAGAGUUCAAUGUCAGUUCUGAAGGGUCAGGAGAAAAACUGGUCCUUUCCGAUCUGUUUGAGUCUAUUAAAGCACCAUCCUCACUGGCCACAGUGAAAAGGCAACUCAAUAGAGUCAAAUCAAAGAAGAUUGUAGAGUUACCCCGUAGUGAAGAGGAAGCAGAACGGAUCCACAGGGAGGUGGCGUUCAGUCAAACCUCACGAGCCCUUUCCAAAUGGGAGCCUGUUGUUCUGAAGAACCGGCGAGCGAAGCAGCUGGUUUUUCCCCUAAACCAGGAGUCGGCGGCCUUUGCCCCUCUGGAACAUGUGUUCAGUGGCUGGAAGGCAAGAACACCCCUGGAGCAGGAAAUUUUUAACCUCCUGCAUAAGAACAAGCAGCCAGUGGCAGAGCCUUUGCUUACUCCCGUGGAAAAGGCCAUUCUCGAAGCCAUGAGCCUGGAGGAGGCUAAGAUGCGCCGAAGCGAGCUUCAGAAGGCCCGCGCCCUGCAGUCUUACUAUGAGGCCAGGGCUCGAAGAGAGAGGAAAAUCAAAAGCAAGAAGUACCACAAAGUUCUGAAGAAAGAAAAGGCCAAGACAUCCCUGAAAGAGUUUGAGGCGCUGCAGAAGGUCCAUCCUAAUGCAGCAUUGGGGCUAUUGGAAAAAAUUGAAAGCACCAGAAUGAUGGAGCGAAUGAGCCUCAGGCACCAGAACACAGGGAAGUGGGCAAGGUCAAAGGCAAUUAUGGCCCAGUACCACCUGGAGACUCGCCAGGCCAAGCAGGAACAAUUGGCCAGGAACAAAGAACUGAUACAGAAACUCCGGGCAACCUCCGAGAGCGAGGAGGAGCGGGAGGGAGGGGAGCGCCUUGUCCCUGAUGCGGUGAACGAGGUACCGAUGGAUGGACACGCUCCAAACCCCUGGAUCCUUGGCAGUCUCUCUGGCGACACAAGAGAGGAGAAAACUCAGAAGCCCCCAGAACAACUUUCAGAGACUGCGGCCCCCAAGGCUUCUGAAAGCAAGGAAGCAGGAGAAUCCGUGGCAGAGGAAAUUUUGUUGAAAGAAUUUGAGGAAAGACAGUCACUUAGGAAAAUGUCUGGGCUCAGCCAGGACGCUGAGCUGGGGGGCAGUCAAGAAGCAAAAGAUUUUAGCAGCUGGGAGUUGCUGUCUAAAUUGAGGACACUCCCUCCGAAACUCAACAAGGAACACCAUCCAUCAGGGAAGCAGCAGGUGAGUUCAGCGGGCGUGGUUCUGCCAGUCCAGAGAGAAGAACCUGCCGAGGAAGAAGCAGAGGCCCUGCUGCAGGGGCCAGAGCGAACACAGACUCCGCGAGUGCAAGAGGAGCUGAGCAGACAGAGAUGCUUUCAAAAUAAGGCCCAUCUCAGGCCUGUGUUAGCAGGGCAGCGGUGAGCGAGGAACCCCAGUGGUCCCCCCGUUGCCCCCAAGAAGAAAAUGAAGGAACAAGUGAUUGAUCUGCAGAAACUCCUCACCGUAGACUCUUCCAGGAGGUCUCCAGCAGCUCCCACCACAGCGGAGGGGACGGGAGGUGAGGAAGACAGUCAGAAGCAGAUGAUAGAGGAAGCUUUUGCUGGGGAUGAUGUUAUCGGAGACUUCUUCAAAGAGAAGAGGGAAGCUGUGGAGGCCGGGAAGCCGAAGGACACAGACCUGACCCUGCCUGGCUGGGGCGAGUGGGGUGGCGUGUGCCCAAAGCCCAGUGCCCAGAAGCGACACAGGUUUCUCAUUAAAGCCCCUGAGGGUCCCCCAAGAAAAGACAAGGAUUUGCCAAAUGUGAUUAUAAACGAGAAUCGAAACAUCCAGGCAGCAGCCCACCGGGUACGGGUGCUUCCCUAUCCUUUCGCCUAUUGUCAGCAAUUUGAAAGGACCCUCCAGACCCCCACAGGAUGUAUGUGGAACACCCAGAGGGCCUUCCAGAGUCUGACCGCUCCCACAGUUGUCACCAAGCCAGGCCAUAUCAUAGCGCCUAUGAGAGCAGAGGAUGUGGGCUACCGGCCUUCCUCAGGGCUGGACCUCUCUGUCACACGGAGGAAUCCAAAGCCACUCCCUGUGCAGCAUAGGAACAACUGAAGAGAAA